GCUCUCUCUGGGGCAUCUCCUCUCCUCUCUGCUGUGAGACCAGCCCAUCCAUUCAGGCUCCCACCUUCUCUUUCCUGGGUCCUGUCAGUUCUGCCAGUUCUUUCCCUUCAAAAUAACAUCUGGCAGGACAGAAGGAAAGUUCUUCAUCCAGCGUGGAGGCAGCCUAGAUGCAUAGAACAGAGAUGGAAGGGCAAGAGCCUGUUGUCGUCAAGUUAGAAGUAUUUUCUUCUGCUGUUGAGGCAGAGAACAAUAGAGCAUUCUGGGAGGACCCUUGGAGGAAAAACUGGGAGAGCAAUCUGCUCGAUUCAGACCUACAGCGCCAGGGCUUCCGGCAUUUCCACUAUGAGGAGGCCUUGGGGCCCCGAGAGGUGUGCAGCCGCCUCCACUCUCUCUGCCGCCUGUGGCUGAAGCCCGAGCGACACUCCAAGGCGGAGAUGCUGGACCUGGUGAUCCUGGAGCAGUUCCUGGCCGUCCUUCCUGCGGAGAUGGAGCGCUGGGUCAGGGAAUGUGGGGCAGAGACCAGCUCCCAGGCCGUGGCCUUGGCUGAAGGAUUCCUCCUGAGUCAGGAAGAGGAGAGGAAGCAGCAGAAGCCCCAGGUGCAGGACUCUGUUGCAGGUGAGACCAGUCAGGUGGAGGAGUCACACAUUUGGGCCGUCCAUAUUGGAGAAGGAGAAUAUAUCCUAAUUGGCAGUGAAACACAACCAAGUGACAGUAGCACAUCUUUUUCUGAUUCUUUCCUAAGAAGAGAUUCUGUGGGACCAGAUCAGGUGACUUUUGAAGACGUGUCUGUGGAUUUCUCAGAGGAGGAGUGGGCCCUCUUGGAUCCAAGCCAAAAAGCCUUGCACCAGCAAGUCAUGGAGGAGAAUUUAGGGAUCGUGUCAUCUCUGGGUAAAGCUCCAUUGUGCUUGUACUUGGCCAAAUCAGUUUACAAGGUGUCCUCCAAGGGGGAGGAGGAAGAGCGCCACUUCCGGGAGGGAGUCAGUCCUCCGAAAGAUGGAGCUGCAGGUGGGUCUCUUGCGUCUUCUGUCCCGGAGAGAGAGACAGGGAGUGAGGGGGACGCCAUGGGGAAGUCUCCCCGGCCUCUCUCAUCGGGAAGAGCAGCCCCUCGGCCUCAGGCAGCCUUGGAAGGCCUUCUGUGGGAGCUGUGGGGGUGGAAGUGGAAGCACAGAGCCAAGAUGGAAGGUCCAAGAUGUGGGGCAGAGACCAGUUCCCAGGCCAUGGCCUUGGCUGAAGGCUUCCUCCUGAAGCGGGCCGAAGAAGAGAGAAAGUGGGAGAAGUCCCAGGUGCAGGACUCUUUUCCAGAUGAAACCAGUCAGGUGGAGAAUUCGCACAUUUGGGCCGUCCAUAUUGGAGGAGAAUAUAUCCUAGUUGGCAGUGAAACAUGGCCAAGUGGCAGUAGCAUACCUUUUCAUGAUUCUUUCCUAAGAAGAGAUUCUGCGGAUCCAGAUCAGGUGACAUUUGAAGAUGUGUCUGUGGAUUUCUCAGAGGAGGAGUGGGCCCUCUUGGAUCCAAGCCAAAAAGCUUUGCACCAGCAAGUCAUGGGGGAGAUUUUAGGAAUCGUAUCAUCUCUGGGAGAGAGACUGUUUAAAUGCCCAGAGUGUGGAAAGAGCUUCACUCAGAAGGGAGAUCUUCUUUACCACAGAAAAACUCACACAGGAGAGAGACGGUUUAAAUGCUCAGAGUGUGAAAAGAGCUUCACUCAUAAGACAAGCCUUAUUAGUCAUCAGUUAACUCACACAGGAGAGAAGCCAUUUAAAUGCUUGCAGUGUGAAAAGAGCUUCAGUCAAAAGAGCAGCCUUAUUCGUCAUCAGGCACUUCACGCAGGAGUGAAACCAUUUAAUUGCCCAGAGUGCGGAAAGAGCUUCAGUCAAAAGAUAGGCCUUGUACAUCACCAGGCAAUUCACACAGGAGAAAAGCCAUUUAAAUGCCCAGUGUGUAAAAAGAGUUUCAGUCAAGAGAGAAACCUUAUUAGUCAUGAGGCAACUCACACAGGAGUAAAGCUAUAUAAAUGUUUCCAGUGUGAAAAGAGCUUCAGUCAAAAGUGCAACCUUGAUAGUCAUCAGGCAACCCAUACAGCAGAGAAGCCAUUUAAAUGCUUGCAAUGUGAAAAGAGCUUCAGUCAAAAGAAAGGCCUUGAUUAUCAUCAAAUAACUCACACAGGAGAGAAACCCUUUAAAUGCCUAGAGUGUGGAAAGAGCUUCAGACAGAAAGGCAGCCUUAUUAGUCAUCAGGCAACUCACACAGGAGAGAAGCCAUUUAAAUGCUUGCAGUGCGAAAAGAGCUUUAGUCAAAAGAGAAUCCUUAUUCAUCAUCUGGCAACUCACACAGGAGAGAAACCAUUUAAAUGCUCAGAGUGCGGAAAGAGCUUCAGUCAAAAGAUAGGGCUUGUACGUCACCAGGUAAGUCACACAGAAGAAAAGCCAUUUAAAUGCUUCCAGUGUGAAAAGAGCUUCAGUCAAAAGAGCCACCUUAUUAGUCAUCAGGCAACUCACACAGGAGAGAAGCCAUUUAAAUGCUUGCAGUGUGGAAAGAGCUUCAGUAAAAAGAGUAACCUUAUUAGUCAUCACGCAACUCACACAGGAGAGAAGCCAUUUAAAUGCUCGGAGUGUGAAAAGAGCUUCAGUCAUAAGAAAAGCCUUAUUAGUCAUCAGUCAACUCACACAGGAGAGAAGCCAUUUAAAUGUUUGCAGUGUGAAAAGAGCUUCAGUCACAAGAAAAGCCUUAUUAGUCAUCAGUCAACUCACACAGGAGAGAAGCCAUUUAAAUGCUUGCUGUGUGAAAAGAGCUUCAGUCAAAAGGGAAACCUUAUUACUCAUCAGGCAAUUCACACAGGAGAGAAACCAUUUAAAUGCCCAGAGUGUGAAAAGAGCUUCAGUCAAAAGGGAAGCCUUAUUAUUCAUCUGGCAAUUCACACAGGAGAAAGACCAUUUAUAUGCUCAGAGUGUGGAAAGAGUUUCAGUCAGAAAUCAUACCUUGCUCGUCACCAGGCAACUCACAGCAGAGAAAAACCAGAGUGUGGAAUGAGCAGCAAUUGAAAUACAAGCCUUCUUUUUUAAUUGUCAACCCACACAGAAGAAAAAGCAAGUUCCCUUGUUUUACAUCAGAGGGGGCAUGGAUCUUUGUCAUAGAAACACUGAGUUAAAAAGUCAUGGCUUUUGGGGAAAAUAAUUACCUGGCCCAUUUUCUUUCAUGAAAUCCCUCAUUAAGCAUAAGUGAUAAUAUUUUGAGAGCUUUUUAUUUGUCGUGUCAGGAGCGACUUGAGAAACUGCAAGUCGCUUCUGGUGUGAGAAAAUUGACCGUCUGCAAGCGGACGCCCGGAUGAUUUAAUGCUUUUAUCAUCCUUGUGGGAGGCCACCGGGGGCUCCAUUUUGAGAGCUAAAGGAAGGAUAUUUCAGUGGAUAUUUUUUAUCCAUUCACGCAUACUGGUUACUGCAAAUAUUUCCUGCCAUGUAUAUUCAGGACUAAAAAUAUAUUUAAUUGAGAAAUUUAAUGAGAAGUGUGGGAAUGAGUUUGAUUAAUGACUAACAUCCCUGUGCAUCGUGUAAUUCAGUGUGUGGAAAGUGUUUUGCCGCCACAAUGUGAUGUGGCGGCAAAAAAGCCAAUGGGAUUUUGGCCUGCAUUAAUAGGAGCAUGGUGUCUAGAUCUAGGGAAGUAAUGCUACCCCUCUAUUCUGCCUUGGUUAGACCACACCUGGAAUAUUGUGUCCAAUUUUGGGCACCACAAUUGAAGAGAGAUAUUGACAAGCUGGAAUGUGUCCAGAGGAGGGUGACUAAAAUGAUCAAGGGUCUGGAGAACAAGCCCUAUGAGGAGCGGCUUAAGGAGCUGGGCAUGUUUAGCCUGAAGAAGAGAAGGCUGAGAGGAGAUAUGAUAGUCAUGUAUAAUAUGUGAGAGGAAGCCACAGGGAGGAGGGAGCAAGCUUGUUUUCUGCUUCCUUGGAGACUAGGACGCGGAACAAUGGCUUCAAACUACAAGAGAGGAGAUUCCAUCUAAACAUGAGGAAGAACUUCCUGACUGUGAGAGCUGUUCAGCAGUGGAACUCUCUGCCCCGGAGUGUGGUGGAGGCUCCUUCUUUGGAAGCUUUUAAACAGAGGCUGGAUGGCCAUCUGUCAGGGGUGAUUUGAAUGCAAUAUUCCUGCUUCUUGGCAGGAGGUUGGACCGGAUGGCCCAUGAGGUCUCUUCCAACUCUAGGAUUCUAUGAUUCUAUGUAUGUGGGACUGGGUUUUCUUUAAUGAAAUAUCUAAUAAAGCAUAGCUGAUAAA